AUGGCAUCUUCUCCGCAAAUACAGAAACUCAUGCAACUCCUGGAGCAGGAGACAGAGGCCCACAGGUUCACAAAAAGUCUUCUUCUCCAGAGCCAGACCUGUCAGCAGUCUUGGGAGCGCGCAUUUCGUAUUGCCCAAGCAGAGAUACAAUGCAACCAGAUCAAGCUCUCGGCCCUGGAGACCAGAGUCCAGCAGCUGACUACUGAGAAUGGGCGGCUUAACAUGGUGGUGGGUCAUUUGGCUCCCGGCAGACUCCAUACGUCCGCCUCGUCCGAGAAUAUCAACCACGGAGAAAUAAACCAGCCCCACGCCCAAGACCUAUCCCUGGACGACCCAUCCUCGAACCCCGGCCAAUCCAAAGUCUCUCCCUUCUGGAACACUAGAGGGCGAAAGGAGGCCGCACAGGCAAGAACCGUUGCCGGUCACCAAAGGCGCUCGCCACCACCCGCCUAG